AUGAAGAAAAGUCACGAACAAAAAAAUAAUUUUAUACAACGCUUAUUAACUUCAACGUUAAAAUUUACAAAAGACAAUAAUAAUAACAAUAAUAAUAUUGGAUAUGAAACACAUUUAAACAAAUUUAACUACGAAUUACCAAAUAGUUUCCUUCAAGCAGCAGAUAAUGCACGUAUAAAUGCUGGCUAUGAUAUACUUCCUCGUUUUCUUCGUCGAUCAGCUUCAGCAUCAUCAUCAUCAGCUUCUUCUCAUUGUACUUGCAAACAUCUUCAAACAGUAUCUGAUAUUUUUCGAUCAGCAUCACACAAGGAUAUAAAUAAUAUUCCCACUAAAAAAAUUCCAUUUCGUCGAACACCACGCGAACGUGUAAACCAACAACAUCAUUCAACAGCACCAUUAUUGUUUACACCUAGACCAGCAGUUCGAAUGGUGAUGAAUCCUAAUUUUAUGAUGAUGAACCGAUAUCGUAGACCAUUAAAUAUGAUGCCAAUCCGAACACCAAUACGUAUGCCACAACGACCAACAUUUCAAUUUAGAUUUCGCUAA